GGUGGGAGAGGAGAACUCUUAAACACGUACCAAAUAUAUCUGUAACCGUGCAUUACAAGCCUCCCUUGUUGCACAUUUUCAGUUCACCUGGUCUCUCUCUGUUUUUCCCGCUGUGAACGCUGCUGACUGUGGUGGCGGGAAAUGGUGUAUAGAAUAAAAAGUGUGUAUAAAAAUACCCGUUUAUUGUAGUGAAUACAGGUUUAAAAUACAACAAACAAAGUAAAUAUAUACACAGCUUGAAUUUCCAGGAUUGUGUGCGCUAAAAAUAAUCGUUUAUAUUAGGCGCAAUUGACGAAAAAUCCCGAGGAUAAAAGCCCUCAUUUGCGUUUCGUUUGGUGUGAUCUGUGCUUUUAAGCAGCGUACAUGCACGGACCGAUGUCGUGGAGUAGCUUUAUCAAAGUAGAGGUUGCUCAACCCCAAACUUCGACUGGUUCAAUUAAAGACCUGAGUGGGACGUGAGCUGUGUCUUUGAACCUCGCCUGGCAGGAAUUCUAUAGACCCACAUUUCCCGAAUAUAGGGAACGCCUCAGCGACCGAUACGAGCUUGUUUGCCCGGGUAACGGACAUAUUCACAUAUUUUAGGAUUGGUAUUGACGCAAGACAAGUGAAGGAUUCCUCGUUCAGUCCUGUAAUGAACUUUUACUGAAACUGACUUCUAAAACGAUAUCUGGGAAAACUGCUCAAUAUGAGUCUGGUGAACACGACUAGCAUCACUCAGAUAGAAAUCAUCCCGUGUAAAGUGUGUGGAGACAAGUCUUCAGGCGUUCACUACGGGGUGAUAACCUGUGAAGGUUGCAAGGGUUUCUUCAGAAGAAGUCAGUCCAGCGUGGUGAACUACCAAUGUCCAAGACAGAAGAAUUGUGUUGUAGACAGAGUGAAUCGAAAUAGAUGCCAAUACUGUAGGUUGCAAAAAUGUUUAACACUAGGAAUGUCAAGAGAUGCUGUCAAAUUUGGAAGGAUGUCGAAAAAACAAAGAGAAAAGGUAGAAGAUGAGGUUAGAUUCCAUAGAGCCCAACUAGUCCAUCCUCAGUCUCAUCAACAAGGUCAGCUGACACCCCAGCAAAAUCCACCACAAACCACAGAGACCUCACCAGAUAGUUCUGUCUUUGAGCAACAACAACCAUCUUCAUCCAAUCAACAGCCUUCUUACAUCAAUGGAGGAUAUUCUUACAAUGGAGACCUCAACACAUAUACACCCAAUGGUUACAGUUACACUCCUCAGGCUAUGACAUUGGACUUGGCUGGAACAGAUUUUGUAGACAGCACAACAUUUGAUCAGUUUCAGCAGUUAGAAAAUUCUUUACCAGAAACCAAUGGCCUCCUUACAACCACAGUCCCAACAACUACAAUAUCAAAUAAUUCCCAUUUAGAGUUAUUAGCUAAGACCAUCGUUGAUGCACACAAUCGUACUUGUUUAUAUACAACAGAACAGAUUUUAGAACUUAUGAGGAAACCUCAAGAUGUCUCACUCCUUUUGUAUUAUAAGAACAUGGCUCAAGACGAACUUUGGUUGGACUGUGCCCAAAGAUUAACAGCAGUUGUUCAACAAAUUAUAGAGUUUGCCAAGAUGGUUCCAGGAUUUAUGAAGCUGUCUCAGGAGGACCAGAUCGUAUUAUUAAAAGCUGGAAGCUUUGAACUGGUUUUGUUGCGGAUGAGUCGGUACAUUGAUUUAAACACGGGUUCUGUUUUGUAUGGAGAGAAUCUUUUAUCUGUUGAAGCAUUCUUGACAUCUGACACAACAGAAAUGAAACUUGUCAGCAGUAGUUUUGAUCUUGCCAUGAGUGUAGCAGAACUUAAGUUGACGGACACAGAACUAGCCUUGUUUUCCGCACUUGUACUGCUUUCCCCAGAUCGUGCUGGACUUAAAGAAGUAUUGGACAUUCAGAGACAUAAUCAGGCAAUUUUAAAAUCCCUUCGUUUUGAACUAGACCGCUCUCAUAAACUACCAUAUAAAGGAGAUGUCAGUAUAUUGGACUUUCUAUUGGCCAAGAUUCCAAGCCUUAGAGAAAUUAACCUUCUUCAUAUGGAUGCUUUAGCAAAGUUUCAGCAGAUGUAUCCUCACCAUAUGUUUCCUGCUUUACAUAAAGAGUUGUUUGCAAUUGAUAUCUGAUCAGAGUUGAUUUUGUUUUAAAAAAAUGCCAUGGCCUAUCUAGUGGAUAUCUGAGACCUGAAAUUUCUCUCGAGUUAAAGGACAACACUGCUUCAUAUGUCCAUCUAACUGCUUGCUAUUUGAGUGACUCAGACCUGUCAGUACAAUUAUUAAACCUCAGAGGAGUGUUGUUGGUCUUAUGUUAAAACUGCUCCAGCAUUCCCAUACUUCUGAACAUCCACUGUUGGGUAUAGGACAAAAUUGAAUUGAUCUUUAUCUUGGUGUCUUAAGAUAAACUGUUGUUAAGAGAUACAACAGGAUUUAACUAGAGGAAGAACUUCAAGAGGAGGCUAAACGGUUGUCUUUAUUCUCCACUUAAAAAAUAAAACUUAAAAAAAAAAGUUAGUAGGAAGAUGUGUUUAAAGUUGUUUGAAGAGUUCGUGAGAUGUUAAGUUUUAUGAAAGAGAAAUUUCUUGUAUAUUAUUUUAUGAGCAAAUGUGAACCAGCAUGACAAACACAGCCAAACAUAUACAAACUUCUCACCAAACAAUCAUGGUGAAUACAGAGGCAGGGAUAUGUGUGUUCUCCCCUUGGUCCAGUUGAGCUAAUUACUGCCAUCUUAAUAGCCGAUUCUCAUACAGAGGUGACUGAUAGAUCUUAGGAAACACAUUAAGCUCACUUAUUUAUGAUGUACACAUUCAUUAUUAAUGUUGUUUGUAAAUUGUUUUAUAAAGUUUAAGAUUUACUUUCAAAUCUCAUGUUCAUCCUCAUUAUUGCAAAAUAUUUUGUGGAGUCCUGAGUAUUAUGGUCAGAAGCAAAUGUCCAGAGAUUCUACCAUAUUUCGGGGCACACAUGAUAAAACACUUUAUCUGCUUAAAGAUUAAUAUUAAAUGUCAUUUGAAAGUCCUCAGGGGAUCUCAUUUUUUUGUUUCAUCUCAUUACUUUUCCAAAUAACCUACCAUGUUCUUGUACUCAGUUCCUUUGUAAACUUGUUUUGUGAGUACCGUAGUCGGCCUUUCUCGGUUAUUGGAGAAAGAAGGGUUGUGGCUUCGAGAAGGCAUGGGGAUAGAGUUUUGAUCUGUUCGGGCAUGUGGACACACUGUAAAACAAUUUAUCUUGUAGUUUUUACCCAGCUAAAUUAUUGCUUACCUAAAAAUGAAUUGAUUAAUUCUUAUAGAGUAAUUAAGUCAUUGAAAAACUAUGAAAAUAACAGCAUCUACCUCACAUCUGUGUUGUGAACAGUAUUUUUUUUUUCCAGUAUUUCCACCAACAUUUGAAGUUAUGAUAAACUCUUGAUCUCUGAUAUACGUGUGUUCCAUGAGUUCUGAAAUUUUAUGAUAUGGUGUAUAAGAGGCUUUGACUACUAGUGGUCAACAUGAUUUGAAAAUAGGUCAUAUUUUUAUAGAGUUUUAAUGAUCAGAUUAUAAGGGUACUUUAUUAUUUGUUAGUGGUAAAGGAAGUAAGCCUUGCACAGUGACACAGGAUGGUCGUGUCCAACUGCUUGAUCAUCUCGGGCAUCUAUGUGCUACGUAGAGUGAAUUUUUUAAAUAUUUGUUGUCAAGCAAGAGCCUGCAUCGAGCUUGACUGGGUAAUGGUAUUGUUAAUGUUGUUUUUGUUAAUAAAAAAUGAACUGCCCUAUUAAUGAAAAUUUCACACUUUAUAUUAAGUGUUUUUUUUUGUUUCUUUUCACUUUUAGCAAUUAAAAUACCAACAUACUAUAUUCAGUAAGUGUUACGCAUUUAACUUUUCAUCAUAAAACUUGUAGCACUACAGCAAAAAUGGAAUGUUUUUUUUUAAAUGACAGUAUUUCUUUGGAAGAUGCAGUGAUAUCACUGAAAGAAACAAGUAACAUUAGCUUCAGACACAAAUUUAAAAGCCAAGAGGAAUUAUAUUUUGUAUUUAAUAUUGAUACUGUUGUGGCAAGGCUGGCUUCCCAGUUUUCUGACAUUGGAGUUUUUAUUGAGAUUAAGAAUAUAUAUAUAAUUUAAAAUUUUGUUAUAAAGAAAAUAGUUUGUUAUGUAAAUAUGAUGACGGGGAAGCCAACUUGUUAGAAGAAUACACUAUAAACAUUGUAUGCUAUAAUUGUUAUGAUUUUGAAAUUCCUAUUUUAAACUUAUCUCUAGUUUAAAAUACCUUGAAGAGAACAGAAAGUACAAAGUUUACUCUCUAAACUACUUAAAGAGUGUUAUAAGUUCUUACAGAGGACUACGUAUCAUACACGAAAUAGCCAUGUGCCUUCAUAUCCAUUAGCAUUUAAUGACUCAUGAUAUAAUGCCUUUUAGUGCCAAUGCCUUUUUUUAAUUUUUUUUUUACAGUAUUUUAUAAUUAGGAACUGUUAAUCUUAGCUGUGAAAAAUAAUGAAAAGGUGUUAUUCUUGUAGUUCAUUAAAUAAGUAGUAAAAAGCACUUUGUCCAAGUAUAAAUUGAAACCACCAAGUCCACUGUAGGAGCUUCCAUCCAGGACUUGAUUCCACUUGACCUGAUGAUUAUACAGCUUACAAAAUGUAUAUCUUAACUUAAACAUAUUUGGGUAGAGUUUUUAUAUUUGAUGGUUUGGUCUGUUCUGUCCUUAAUUAGGGGCUUCAUCAGAAAUGAAAUAUGAAAUAAAAUCAU